AUGCUUGAGGGGGAGAGAGAGAUCCUGCUAACUAGUUGUCUUAAUGCUAAUUUCCAUGAUUUAGUUGCUGUACUACUUGCUUUCCCCGAGUCUUUUUUAACUAUGGGAGAUCAACAGCACGGGCUGCUGAAAGUGACAGUGGUUCAAGGGAAGAGAUUGGUGAUUCGGGAUUUCAAAUCCAGUGAUCCAUACGUAAUCGUCAAGCUAGGCAAUCAGACAGCAAGGACGAAGGUCAUAAACAGUUGCCUCAACCCGGUUUGGAAUGAAGAGCUACUUUUCUCCCUCACGGAGCCCCUAUCAGGAAUACUAAACUUGGAAGUGUUUGAUAAAGACCGGUUCAAGGCAGAUGACAAGAUGGGGAGAGCAGAGCUCAACCUACAACCAAUCGCCUCAGCUGCACGACUGAAGCAGAUCAUACACGUUUCCUCCUCGGGCCAGACAGUGUUGAGGAAAGUAGUCCCUGACAGUGAUAACUGCCUCCUGAGGGAGAGCACCAUUAGUUGUAUAGAUGGUGAGGUGGUGCAAUGUGUGUGGCUGAAGCUCCGGGAAGUCGAGUCUGGAGAAAUAGAGCUGAAGAUCAAGUUGACUAGUACUUCUUCCUCCACAUAG